AUGAGUCAACUUCAACCCUCGACGAUUCUCUCAUCGUUUAAUAGUAAACAACAGCAAGGUGGUGUUGGAGGAUUGGGAUUUAAAUCAUCUGGAUUUCAGGGAUUGUCUCUUCCGUUACAUUCUAUAUCUUCAUUAAAUUCUGUAAAUAAUCCACCGUCGACACCUUCACCUAUCAAUUCAGCUGCCUCCGGUGGCAGUGAAAGUGGUAGGGGAAGAGAACGAGGAAAUCAUCAUCGGCAAUCUUCAUCGCAUGAUAUGGAUCAGACACAAUUACACUCAUCAAGAUCAAGAACAUCAUCGAUAGCUUCUGGAUUUAAUACACCUACUGCUGAAUUGUCAGAAUUUAGUUUUGGAUUUACAGAGAGGACAUCAUAUCAACAUGAUGGUAAAAAGAGAGACUUGUCAGAGAUGGUGUCCAACUUGUCAAGUGAUCGUCAACAGGGUGGUGAUGAGUUGGAAAUUUUGAAAAGACAACUUGAAUCAACAAAGGAAAGAUACGAUACAUUUAGAAAAGGUUUUAUCUUGGAGAGAAAUCAGAGAUUAAAAACUGUUCACGAUUUGUACAAAUUCACAAAGAAGAUGGAAAUAUUACAAAAACAAUUAUUCGAGAAAGAUACAGCCCUCUUGGCUCUCUCAACGGAAAAUGUAAAAUUAAAAGAGGAUAUUUAUGAAAUUCACAAGUUUGGAGUAAAUUCAACAAUGGCACAACCAUCAAACAAUAAUCAACCAACAGCUGCAGCAAGCAACAAGGACAAUUCCGAUAGUGGUUCUAAAAGAAGAUUAUUCUUUUCGAGAAAGAGAAACAUGUCCACAGACUCUGCUGACAACUCGAAAAAUUCACUGUCAAACGAGAACUUAAAACAAGUUGUCAAUAUGGAUUUCACCGACAAGACAGAGUCUCCAAAGGCUGGUAAUAACGAAAGCAAGCUGGAUGCUAUUCAAGAAAUGAAACACUGGAGAGAAUUAUAUAGAAAGACUCAGAACGACCUUAAAAAACGAGAAAAGCAAAUAAGUGACCUCCAAUCACAGGAACAUGUACAAAAGCAAAUGUUGCAAGAAAUUCAGGCCAAAUAUCGUAAUACUGAGGGAAAUUUGUCAAAGAGUCAAGAGGCUAUUACUAGUUUAAAGUCACAAUUAUUCGAGAGAGAGCAAUCACAUUUAAACCUUUCAAAGGAAAAUGAUUUAUUACAACAACAGUUGUCAGAGUAUCAAAAAUGGAAGGAAGACUUUUUGGAAGAUUACCAAAACAUGGAACAAACAGUGGCAAACUUGAAGGAAGAAAUUGAACGUAAAGAUUUAGAUCUAUUAAGAUUAACAGAGAAAUGUAUGGAACUAAAGGAACAACUCAACUCUGUGAGGUUGCAAAUUAGAAAAUUCAGAUGUAAGCGUAUUUCACAAGGAGGUCUUGCCAACAAGUUGAUGGGAUCUGUAACAAAAAGCGAUGCAGCCAUUGUACUUCACAAAAAUCCACAAAAUGGUAUUCUUUGGAUUGAUAUCAAAAUACGGACAGGAAAAGAUCAAGACAGAUCAGAUUUCAAUGCCAUUAAUUCGAAUAUUGUUCAAUCUCACCCUCUCACUUCUAUUACAGAUAUAGUACCGGACGUUCACGACCCAAAACGUUUUUCAAUUUAUUUCUUUUCUAAUGCCACAGCCAGUCCUUCCAAGAAUACUCCAAAUUCUGUAAUUGAAACAUUUGAAUGCACCAGUGAAAGUGAAAGAACUGAAACCAUGCAAAGUAUUCAAGAGUUUAUUAGCAUUGCAGCACAAGCAUUCGAUUAA